AUGUCGACAACACUUGUCAAGAGCGGGACCCCCGCCCAACAGCCCGCGCCCAAGGCCGCCGUGCCCGCGAUUCCGCUCGUCAAUUCUCCUGCCGCUCUGCCCGCAUCAGUCGCUCAUCAGCUGUUGCUCGCUGGCCUGUUCUACUGGCGCUUCGAUGCCCUGGUAGCCGAUCCCGUUUCGACUCUUCAGACUGGCCUUCCAGUUGUUGCUGCCAUUCAGGCCGUCUAUCUUAUACUGAGUCUUCCACCAGCGGGAUCCUCGGGGUCGUCAAAGAAGCCUCGUCCUGGUGAGAAGAAGAAGUCGGAUGGACGGGAGGCAAAGGCCAUUCCUACCGCCGUUAUUUCAUUGCUCCUAACUCUAAUCCUGACACCGGCUCUUCAUCUUCUCCUUGUCCUCUUUGGCGCGCCAUUCCUUACACACGUGCCUCAUACAUUCUUGUGCUGCGCACAUAUCGCCGUCCUCGCGAUUUAUCCUAUCUUCUACGUUCGUGGUUCCGACCCUGUGCCUCUCCAGAGUGUGGUGGGUGUAUCAGCUCCAUUUGACCAGACAUUUGGCGGCUUUGUUGGAACAGUGGUUGGGGCUUGGCUUGGAGCUGUUCCCAUUCCUCUUGACUGGGAUCGCGAGUGGCAGAAGUGGCCCGUCACCAUUGUUGUUGGUGCUUACAUUGGAUACAUCGUUGGAUCUCAGAUCUUGGGCACCGUUUUCUUUGGAAAGCGAUGGGAAGUCACUCCUGAAAUCAAGGAGGAAUAA